AAAGCUGGAAGGGAGUACAUUCCAGAUAUAGGGAACAGUCAGGUCAGAGGCACACAGAAAUGGGAGAUAGUGCUGUAUAUAAAGAACAGGAAGUUGAUCAGUUUGGCCUGCCCAUAGAGUACAUGUUAGAUAACAGUGUGCAACAAACCUUGAAAAGUAGGAUAAAGUCAGAUUGGAAAAGGCUUUGAAACCCAACCUUAUCAAGCAAGGAUGUGAUGUGGUGAGGCUCCAGCUUUAGGAAGAAUUCUUCUACAACUGUGGGCAGGAUGAAUUAGAGAUUUGAGGCAAGGAAAGCAAUUCUAAAGCUAUUGCAGAAGUCCAGGUUAGAGGAUAUGCGCGCCUGAACUAGGAGGGAGGAUGAUGGUCAUAUAUGGAUAAAGAAGAGAAGGCCAAUGACAUUGUAGAAAUAGAAUUAAUACCAUCCGGAAACUGUCCUUGAUCUGUGUGCUUCAGGUGUGGGGGGUAAAGAAGAGGCCAGUGUGAUGUUGACAUCAUGAAUCUAGAUUGACCACCAAUGAUGCAAAACAUGGCCUUGUUGAAGACAGUUUCAUGUAUAAAAGACAGACUCUUCUUUCCCAAAAGAAAAACACAAGUAAAAUAGAUGACCAAAUGAAUGAUGUUGAACUAGAAUUCUAGAUAUCAAAAUGUCCAUUUUUUUGAAUUUUAUAAGUAAGAUAAGCACAUUGUGUUUUUACAAAGACUUGUUUUGAGAUAUGCCUUUUAGCAGUUCUUUCCUAAACAUUCUCCAUUUGGAAUCACUUGAAUUUUGUAGUGAUUUUCUUUUUUUUAAGACAUAGUCCUUCGUGAGGCCCUGUCUUCUGAUUAAGGGCCUGCUUUUAAAUUUUUUAAUUUUUUAGAGUCUCAACAUUUCAUGGGCUUUGUUAGAAGAUUGGAAAGGUGCCUUGAUGUGAAAGUCACAAAAUCAAGAAAGACAUUAACUUGGAAGUUCCAGAGGGAAAGGAUAUUGGUCUAGUCAAUCAGACUGUUUUGAAUCCAGUUCGACCAGUUAAGACCUUAGCUACUUCAAUCUUUGGAGAUAGUGUCGAGAAAUAGAUUGCUCACCUUCUACACAUACAAUAGUUGAAACAUGGCAUGGGUGAAGUUCUUACGGAAACCGGGGGGCAACCUGGGAAAAGUUUACCAGCCUGGAAGUAUGUUAUCACUAGCCCCUACCAAGGGCUUAUUAAAUGAACCAGGACAAAACAGUUGCUUUCUAAACAGUGCUGUACAGGUUUUAUGGCAAUUGGAUAUAUUUCGCCGGAGUUUACGCAUUCUGUCUGGACAUGUUUGUCAGGGAGAUGCCUGCAUAUUUUGUGCUUUAAAGACAAUAUUUGCACAGUUUCAGCACAGUCGAGAAAAAGCGCUUCCCUCCGAUAAUAUCAGGCAUGCCCUGGCGGAGAGUUUCAGAGAUGAACAGCGGUUUCAGCUUGGCUUUAUGGAUGAUGCUGCUGAGUGCUUUGAAAAUAUCCUUGAGAAGAUUCAUUUUCAUAUUGUGCCAGGUAGAGAUUCAGAUAUGUGCACCUCAAAGUCCUGCAUUCCUCACCAGAAGUUUGCCAUGACUCUCUAUGAACAGUGCGUGUGCCGAACCUGUGGAGCAUCCUCCGAUCCUCUGCCCUUUACAGAGUUUGUCCGAUAUAUUUCUACAACAGCCCUUUGUAAUGAAGUGGAAAAAAUGAUUGAAAGACAUGAACGCCUAAAGCCUGAAAUGUUUGCAGAAUUACUGCAAGCUGCAAAUACUACUGAUGACUUUAGAAAAUGUCCCAGUAACUGUGGCCAAAAAAUAAAAAUCCGCCGUGUUCUAAUGAAUUGCCCUGAAAUCGUCACAAUUGGCUUAGUUUGGGAUUCUGAGCAUUCUGAUCUGACUGAGGAAGUUGUUCGCAAUCUGGCUACACACCUUUAUCUUCCAGGGUUGUUUUAUAGGGUAACUGAUGAAAAUGCCAAGACUAGUGAGCUUCAUCUUGUUGGCAUGAUCUGCUACACCAGCCGACAUUACUGUGCCUUCGCUUUUCAUACCAAGAGUUCCAAGUGGGUGUUCUUUGAUGAUGCCACUGUGAAAGAGGUUGGGACUAAAUGGAAAGACGUGGUCUCCAAGUGCACGAGAUGUCAUUUUCAGCCAUUGCUUCUGUUUUAUGCAAAUCCGGAUGGUUCAGCUGUGUCCACUGAAGAUGCUCUUAGACAUGUCGUCCACUGGUCCUAUUAUAAAACCUCUGCUGAUGAAGACUUGGGUUUUGAAAGGCCCUCUACUCAUAAAUCAGAAAGUACCAAAGAAGAUGGAUACGGUCAUCAGGUGAAGCAGAGAAUCAAUCAAAAAUUGCAUGUUGAUGACCCUGUGGCUUUGACUCGCAGCCCUGUCUUGGCGAGUGGUGGGAAAGGACCAGUUAAAUUUGGUCAUAAUGAACAGAGGGAGAAGCUCAAGGACAUUUCUAGGGAAUGUGCUCAAAAAGCUGCUGAACAGAAAAACUUCCUCUCCUCCCAAAGAAGAGAUUUGGAGAGGGAACAGAGGAAAGAGACUGGGAGACACCGAGAUUUGCCCAGUGAAGAUCUAUCUCGCUUCAAAUCUGGAGCCCCCCUUGCUGCCUCAGCAAAUGGAUUUCGGCAGCAUGGCAGCCAACCUGGGUCUUCCAGCCAAGGGAAAGGGUCUUCCCGACAUGAGCGUGCCACACCCCAGGGUCGGACCUCCACACAAGUGCCAAAUUCAAUCAAACCCCAAAUGCUUGCUUCAGGGGAAAAGAUAACCAGCAAAGGGAAGAGCGACAGUGCCACUGGAUAUGACACAGACAGCAGCCAAGACUCUCGGGACAGGGGCAGCACCUACAGUGGCAGCAGUGGCCGCAGCCGGGCCCGCAGCUGGAAACCAAUGAGAGAGACGCUGAAUGUUGACAGCGUUUUCAGUGAUGCUGAGAAGAGACAUGCUGCGCCAAGGCACAAAGUAAAUAGUAAAUCCAAACACAGCCAAGAUCAGAGAGGUAACAACUGGCCCAAAGAGACAACCAAGCAAAAAGGUUUGAUGACCAUAUAUGAAGAUGAAGGAAAGCAGGAGACUGGAAGCAGGAGUUCCCUUGAAUCUACUGGGAAAGGACCCGAGAAAGCGAAAGGCCUUGUGGAGAACAAGGUUCUCAGUGAUGGUGGGCAGAUACAAAGGACUGAGUCGGGCUAUGAAAGCAGUGAUCGGAUCAGUAGUGGGUCUGCCAGCUUGGAUUCCCCACUCCUGGAAGGGAACACAGCAAAUCCCAAUAGUACAAGAGAAACACGGUCUGGCAGUAACCAGAUUCAAUCAAGUAAACGGAAUGUAGAUAGUUUGCAACAAAACUCCCGACAGUGCAAAGACCAUCCGGAAGAUAUGAGAGAAAAGAUUUCAGAAAUGGCCUAUGGACCCCUUGAUUUCCAUCGAGAUUUGCAUCUACAAGUAGAAAAUCCUUUACUGAAGAGAUUUCAUGUGCAUGAUACCAGUGAGAAGUUUUUGUCCCCAUCAAAUCCACAGAUUUUUAAGGACCAUGAUACAAGAGAAGACAUCCCCCAACUAAGUGAAAAGCAGCUUGAAAUUUCAAAUGAAUGUCAUUUUUCUGAAAGGCUUAAUUCAGAAAGGCCUGAAAAAAAUGGUCCAUCUUUGCUCAGUGCUAGGGGGUCUGUCCCCUUUCACAUCCCUGAUCAUUCUGCCUCAACCAAGUUAGUUGACAGGGAUGAGACUCUCUCCUCAUCCCAGUCAUCAAUACACACGAAAGUGGUUGAGUCCUUUGCCCACCAAAGUCUGGGAGAACUCUGCAGCUCUGCUAAACAGGUUGCUGUCAGUCACUGUGUUCAGCCUGUCAGCCCCUCUGAUAACUCUGGGGUGUUAGAACCUGCCACCUGCCAGAGUCUGCCACCUCCUUUGCCUCCAAAGAGGUAUGCUAAAGCCAUGGCGGUGUCACGGUCAGAGAAGAAAGAAUUCAGCCCUGAGCAAGAAUUCUCAGGGAGGGGAAAAGCUAAGUCUCCAAGCCUCCAGAAGCAUGCCAUCAGCACUCCUUCCCAGGUGGGAGCAGAAACAAGACUGAAAGAAAUAGGCCAAGGGAAAGAACUUGCUGAGUACAAACCGAGAAUCAGAUCCAGCCCUUCCACUGAUGUCCAUAUCCCUCUGGAUUCAGUUAGUAAAGGUGUUCCUCAAAGUGAAGCAUGGGCCAGUAUGCCAGAACCACCUGGGCUAGUUUCCCUUACCACCUACUUUUCUGUUGACAACUGUAUGACUGAUACGUACCGAUUGAAAUACUGCCAGAGACCUAAGCUUUGUUUUUCAGAGAGCAGUGACAUACAUGGUAACAAAUCUCUAUCCCAAACUGAAACGAGGCUGAAAGCUGUGUUCCAUGAAGAUUUGGAGCCAGCCAAUGUAUAAGCAUGGCCUGCUAUGUGAGCAAUGCAUACAGAGAGACUUUACUAAGGUCAGGCAAGCAAGCACUACUCAGUCUCCUCAAGACAGUAGAGUAGGAACCAACCAAGUUAGUUGAUGAGAUUUGGGGUGAGACAGUGUUAGAGUAGAAGCUUGCAAGCCUUGGCAUUUGACGCCUUGAUGCCUGAGCCCUUCCUUAUUGAUGUUGUGUCCACAGCAUUCUAACCCUUCAUAAAUGGGACUCCUUGGAAUUCAUUGUGCACAUAGGCAUCAGAAGCUGCUGCAGAAGCUAUUCAGGCAACCAUGUGUGUAGCCAGCCAGUAAUCUUCUGGGUAGUUAGAUAAAUGUGUAUGCAACUCACCAGCAGUUACAUAUACCUGAUCAAUGCUGCCAUGUGUCUGUAAUAUGACACGGCUAGUCAGAGCAGUAUUUGCUUAUAAGGAAGCACUUUUCAUGGGUAAACUGCCAGAGGUUUCACCCAUACGCUUGUUUGUUUUUUGACUUCUAUGAUAGUCUACUACCUAUGAUACCUUCAAGUGUCUUAAAUAGAUUAAUGUGUAAAUUUUAUCCUUUUUAUAGUAUUUGGGAGGGGAAAAAGCCUUAAACGUGAAUGAUUUUGACAAAUUUCAAAGUCAGGAACAGAAGGGAAAUAAUCUCUCCCUCCUAGAGUUCUAUUUUUGUGUUUCAUUGAAAAUCCAUUAUUGAGAAUGCCUCUUCAGCAGUAGCAUAGAUAUAUCAAGCCAGUGAGUUUGGUAUGCCAUGAAUUUUAUUUCAGUCACGUAAGCUAAAAAUAUUCAGAUAUUAGCCUUUAGGACAUUUAUAUCUAUUGUUGUCUCUAAUUUUAUGUGAAUCCUGAACGUAUUGUUUGUGUUGUAUUUUGGAAGCUAAUAACCAAUGCUAUGAAAUGGCGCCAGACCCUUAUUGUGAGCCACCAAUAAAUACUUUCCAUGGCUGCCUGACUCUUUCCCCAGAGAUUGUGAACUUCAUUUAAUAAUCCAGCAAAUUGAUUUCCAUGUCUGUCCUUAAAUUUGAAAAUUUACUCUUCAGAUGGUCAGUUGGAAUUCAGUGUUAAUAAAAUGUUAUUCUGAAUCAUUCUUUUUAAUUUAUGCAAACAUUUUAAUCUCUUUCCAGCUAUCCUUUGCAUAAAAAAAGUAGAGCAAAUUCUCCAUUAGAUUUAAAACAUCCUGGAGUUAAAAAAAAAAAAAAAGUACAGUUCUUUUGCUCUAAGCCUGUGACCUUGGGCUUUGUUAUAUCUCAUAUAUAUAUAUAUAUAAUAUAUAUAUAAAUGAAACAGAAUCCUGAAGAUGUGAUGUUUCUGCUUUUUGUCUGCAAAGGGUCUUAAAACCUGGAAUUUCUAUGCUACCUGAGACCUAAUUAACUAUGCCCUUAUUUUGAAUGCAAUUGUUCACAUACUACUUGCUUCUUCACUCUAGUUGCUAAUCAAGUAUCUUACAAUUUCUACGUUAAAAUAAUUGAGGAAGCAGCUUUUGAGAAAGGGAAAAGGAGCUAAACUAGAUUUAGAGAACUAAAAAUUACCAAAGAUAAAACAAAUACUUCACAGUAGUUUAUAUUCACCAAUACUUUAUAUAACUAGUAAAAUUCAUAAUCUGGUUCUGCUGCUAUUUGUCCUUUUUUGUUCAGUCACAUGGCCAGGGAUGAUUCCUUGGCUGAUAAGAACCUCCAAGAUGUCUAUAAAAUUCUACUUUAAAAAAAAUCUGCUUAUUUAAUUAAAUUUGCUGCUGCAAAUAACUGAUAUGGGAAAUUAUCAUUACCUAAGUUUUUUUAAAUUGAAUUUUUAUUAAAAUUUGCAAAGCAGAUCUUUUUUCUCUGAAUCACCUGAUCAUAAAUUAUACUUGAGUAUUUGAGAAUACUCUGAAAUAUGAGAUAAUAUAAAUUGCUAUGUUUCAGCAUAAUAGAAAUUAAUUACUUGUAUAAAGUUUGUGUAUUUAUUUUGUAACCAAAUCUUGGCCUCACUUAUGUUUGUCUUCCAUUUAUUCUAAAAUUUUUCAAAGGUUUGAAAGUCCUCCCCCUACUGCUCUGAAUGAUUUCGUUUAUAUCUUUACACAGUUUAGAAAUACUUGAACCAGACCAAGUAAAAUGCAUUUUAUCAUUUAUCCAAAGCUCUAUUAUAAGCUUUUAGUAUUGACAUUUGUAAAUAAUAUAAAGUUUGUAAAAUUCUAUUUGAAAAAAUGUUUUUAACUUUGCUGCUUGCAUAAUUGGAACAUCAGCAAUAGAUUGACUCACUUCAAGCAUUUCAAAAGAUUCAUUAAUGUAUGGUGGAAAGGAGUGCUAUUGUUGGUUUCAAUUCUGUAUUAAUCCUGAUUUCCAGAUAUUUGAAAGGUCUUUUGGUAUUGGCACUUUAUCAACACUGAGUAUACCAACUAUCAAAUACAAAUAGGCUAUUUAUUCCAGGUACUACUUUUAGUUAGAGCCUUUGGUUUACAGCUUUUAUUGAAUUACACAGCAAUGGUAAAACUACAAAAUGUAAUUACUUUUUAUAUUUGAAUGUAUAUUCCUUAUGCAGGCAGAAUUUCUAAUUGCUAAUUUAUCAUGCACAUUUUAAAUUUUUGAUUUUAAUUUUAGGGUGCCUAUUUUUAUAAUUUGAUUACGAAGUUUUCAUGGUAAUUUUUGUAAUGUGUUUAACAAUUCUUGUAAUGAAAAAAAUGUUUCAAACUAUCUUUAGAAUGCUCUAUUUUCCUAGGAAAUCAUUUU